AUGCCGAGGGAGCUCGAGAGCGUCGGGAUGGGCCCCGGGCGGGGUGGUCUUCCCCCCCGGACGCCUCAAGACGCGGACGAAUUUCUCGAGAACGUGGACGAGGUCAACGCGCUCAUAGACGGGCUCCGGUCGGGCAAGAUCUCGGCCGAGUACGUGGAUCGGAAGAUCAAGGAGCGCGACGCCGAGAGCACGCAGCUCGAGGAGGAGCGGAAGAAAGAGGCCGAGGAGGCGGAGAGGCGCAAGUACGAGAACCUCAGCCCGGAGGAGCAGAAGAAGAUCAAGGCCAAGGUGGACGAGAUGAUCGCGGAGAAGGAGCGACGCGAGCGCGCGCGCAAGGCGUUCCACGAGUACCGCGCCAAGAUGCCCGAGGACAAGCGCAGGGCCACGGACUACGACGCGUGGGACCUGUGGACGCCAUCCGACGACGAGGACGACCCGUGGAUGCAGUACACGCCGGAGAACCCCGCGUUCAAGGCGAUGGAGGCCGACAUCGACAGGAGGCACGCCGCGCAGGUGCGCGCGAGGCAGACGGCGCAUCGCAGGCGCGAGGAGGGCAACGCCGCUUUUCGCGCCGGGCAAUUCGCCGACGCGCUCCGGUGCUACGAGCUCGGUCUCGAGGCGGAUAAGCGCUCGCUGGAGUUGCACGGCAACGCCGCGAUGGCGGCGCUCAAGUGCGAGAUGUUCGUGCAGUGCAUCGACCACGCGUCCAAGGCGUGCGAGCUGGCGGAAUUUCUGCUCGAGAGGCCCGACCACCCGACGGCGAUCAAGUGCCUGCAGCGGAGAGCCGCCGCGAGGCUCAAGCUCUCGCACUACAAGGACGCGCUCAACGACCUAUCGCUGGCGCACGAGAGGGACCCUUCGAACGGGGAGAUCGAGUCGCAGAUGAAAGAGGCGAACGCCACGUACGAGGAGGCUCGGAAGGAGAAGGAGGUUGAGCGGGGUAUGCGCAGAGCCGCGCAGGGCGUCGACGGCGAGGUGGACGGCACCGACUUUCACACGCUCCGAGAGCUGGAGAAGCUGUGCGGCGAGAUAGGGUCGGGCGCGUGCGACUACGCCCGGCUCGAGGCGCUCGUCGAGGGGAGCGAGCAGUGCAGGGUUUUUCUCCGAUCGGGCCGGGGUUCGCACCUGCUCGGGCUGUCGCGGGAGCUCGAGCUCGACAAAAAGGCGGCGCCGACGGGUCCGCUCAGGGUGCUCAGGGCGGCGUGCCUGAACGAGGCGAACCGGGAGACGCUGGCGCGAAACGGGACUCUGAAGCUCGCGGUCGGGUUCAUCGCGCGGGCGCGGCGUUCAACCGAGAAGGCGACCGACCGAGAGGCUGUUUCCGCUGCGCUGUUUCUGCUGCACACGUGCUCGGCGACGGCCAACCCCAGGGCGUCGAUCAUCGAGGCUCUCGCGUCGGACGUCGAGCCCGACGGAGCCAUCGCGGGGCUGUUCGCGAUGCUCGACACGGAUCUCGCGAACGACGCGGGCGCCAAGCUCGCCGCGGCUCACGCGCUGUCCCUCUUGGGCAACUGCGCCGUGGACGCGAAGGCGAGGAUCGCGCUUACGAGAGCCGUCGGCGCCGACGCGCCGGGAAAGAUCGCGCCCGUGCUUCGAUGCGGGACGCCCGUGCUCGCGGAACGCGCGGCGACGUUGCUGGGAAACAUGUGCGCGGACGGCCGGAUGCGCGCCGAGUUUGCGGCGAACGAGCGGGGCAUCUCGGACCUAUGCGCGCUCCUCCCAAAAAACGAGAAAAACGAGAGGGCGAGGGCGUCGUCCGCCGCGUCGCCCGCGGGGAUGGGCGCGGGCCUUCCCGGACUGGGCGCACGCGGCGCGGACAAGGAGAGCGAUGCGCCCAUCGAUCCAUCGCCCGUGAGGGACUGCGAGCUGGUGUUGAACGUCCUCGCGGCGUUGGCGAACGUGUCCGUGGACGCGGCGGCGGCGGCGACGAUUGGCGGGGCGGGCGCCGCGCCGCAGCUCGCCCGGCUGCUCUCCGCGUCGGAUCCGCUCGUCGCGGCGCGCGCGGCGACGGUGCUCUCCCGCAUCGCGCGCGACCCGUCCACGGCGCGGCGCAUGUGCGGCGCGGGGGGCUCAAACGGGGAUGUGGGCUCAAACGGGGAUGUGGUCGCGGCGACGGUGGCAAAGUUCGUGGUUCGGAGGCUCGCGUCUGACGCCAGAGACGGCGCGAUUGAACCGGCGGUGCGGACGCUCGCGGUUCUCGCCAACGGCGGCGACGUCGCAUCGAGGCUCGCGCUGGCGGAGCACGCCGCGGGGGCGUUGGUGGAGUGCGUUCGUCGUUGGGACGUCGUAGGGGACGGCGCCGCGGGCAACGCGGCGCUGGCGAUUGGCGACUUGGCGAGGGAGCGGGAUCUUCUGCCGAGGCUCGCGGCGCUCCAGCCGGUGGCGCCGCUGCUUGCGGUGUGCCACAAGCGGACGGGCGCGGCGCAAAAGAACGCGGCGAUCGCGUGCGCCAGGCUGGCGACACACUCGGGGAUGCUGGAAACGCUCAAGGCGAACAACGGCUUGGAGCUGAUUUACCGAUACGUUCAACCGUGA